GUUGGCAAAUGUUGGCAACUAUUAUUUCUAUAUGUCAAGAGUAUUUUUGAUAUAUUGAUAAAUUAAUGAUUAUCAGUCAUUAUUUAGGAACGUCUUGUUAUGUUUAACAUGUAUUUUAUUGUAUGUAUGUCGAGUGAAUGAUGUUUAUUUAUUUGAAAACAUUGUAGAACCUGUUUACGCAUUUUUAUGUUUGCAAGUUCUGAUUGGCUGACGCUAUGUUUGCCAACAUCCGACAGCUAUAUAAGGGCGGCUGUAACCGAAAAUGGCACCAGUUGCAAGCUUCUAAUAACUUCCAUAGUAACCAAGGCACUGGGGAAUAUUUUCAAAGAAACAUCUUUUUAAUCUAUUUUAUUCAUCAUGAAAUCAAAGUUCUUUUGCGAGACGUGCCCAGCAUCUUUUCUUACAAGGAGGGAACUCCAAAACCACUACUUACGUACCAACCAUAAGUCAUUCCGUCUGAUCUGCCCAUGGUGUGUUUACCAGAAUGAACGUUGUUAUAAAUAUGUACAGGUCCUAAGAAGGCAUGUGAAAAGUCAGCACCCUGUCCAGUUUAAAGAAUUGCCACCAAGAGCCUUAUCAACAACCAACUGCUUCUACCUAUGUAAGGAUUCGAAAACGUAUAUUGAAUUGUAUGGCGCAUCAGAUUAUAACAGCGUUGAGGCAAAGUUUCUUCAAGAGAUGGUCACAAAAUGGUCCACUGGUCGCAUUCCUGGUGUUUCUGAAUGGUUGAAUGGUUGGAAAUUAGCCAAGUCUGAUUCAUCAUGUAGAAGUUCAACAAUAUCCAGUGAACGUGAAUUUUCUGCUUUCAAGCCAGUAAGUGCUCCAAAGUCUACAUGUCAACUUUCUUCUUCUAUUCAUCAAAGUCUGCCUACAUCUACUUCAACUGAAACUCACAACAGUCAUGAAUUGUCUACAUUGCCUUCUCCAACUAUACAUAUGAAAAAAAGAUGUCACGAACCAUCCAUUGAUCUCAAAAGUAUAAUUAUUUCGUCUGAUGUCAAGGCAUAUCUUCUUGAAGACAAUGAAAAUGUAAUCAUGGUUAAACUUCUACCUAACGUUAUCCAAUCUAAGAAGACCAUGGACUCUUUGAUGAGAAGAAUUUCGACUCUAUCUAAACCGUUCAAUCCUCCUACUGGUAACUGGAAAAUCGUGACAAGUCAACAAAUCAAAGAUUCAUGUGCCAGGAUUCUUGGUGUAAACUUUGACCAGAUCCUAUCCUGCCUUACACAACCUGCUGAGAACUUUAAAAUUUCACGUCCUGCAUCUGUCAGCAAUAUCAACCAUAAUCCUGAAUCUUCUCAACCAUCAGCAAAAGGUGAUAACAUCAAUAACACUAACAAGGAAGACACUGUAAAAUCAGAUGUAAACAACAACAACAACAACUUAAACAACAAUGAAAAUGUACACAGUCCAGCUGUUAAUGUAAAUUCAACAGAAGUAUCUAAAACCUCUAACAUAAAUGAUGAAAUCAUCUCUUCAGUUAAUGAUCCAGAUGUGGACAAUGAUGAACUUGAUUACAAUGAUUUAAGAUCUCCAACACCAGUUUCUAUAAAUGAUCCAGAUGAACCUUUUAACAGUCCUUACUACAAUGCUGGAGCAACACCAACAGAUAAUAGAUACGAACACAUUCCAACACCAUCAUAUGAACCACAAAGUAAUAACAUUGAUACACCUGUAGUACCAGAAUAUAUACCAACACCUAAAAAUGAAUUAAUUAUCAACAAAGCCAAGACUCUCCUGACAACUGGAUCCAUGCCGCUUCUUCCACCAGCAGAAAGAGAAUGGUCAUCUGUACCUGAAUGCAGCGUAAAUUUAACAUCUAAUCUUCAGUGGCCACCACAUCAAUGGAAAACAUUCACACCUGACCAAAAACGCCUUGUUACCGAAUAUGCCGCCAUGAGACUAGAAGAACACCACAACAACAAAUUAACCGUCAUGGACAGAUCCUUACUUCUCCAUAAAUACAACUUUUUAUCCUUGCCUGGUUCCACCGGUAUCAAACUCGAUCUAAAAGGAAGAUCCAGAAUAUUGAACUUUCACGUUAUUUCAAACAUUGCCAUCGAAAAAGACCAAUCCAGUGACGAAGAAAAACACAGCAUCCUCUACAGUUUCAAGCCAUCCGAAGAACUAAAAGACAUUCUCUCAAAGAUCCAUCAUGUACCUUUAAGACUUAAAAACAAGAAAUAAAUUAGUAAGUUAGUAGUGAAGCAAUAAUGUAAUAAAACAGGUAAAUAUUUAAAUAACCAAUAAUAUGUUACAAUAGAAGUAUUUUUCACAAUUUAUCCUUUUUCAACAUUUCUUAAUUUUCCACACAAAAUAAUUGUCAGGUUAGAACUUAAUUAUAAACAGGUAUUGUUGUACUGUGUUUCUUUAAAACAAUUAUAGAUACAUAAUUAUUAUUAAUCAUUUUUGAAAUAUAUAAAUCAAGCAUAAGUCUUUAUGUGAAUUGUCUGACUGGUUAUUAUGAAAGUCUUUAAAUAUAAGUAGUUUAUUAACUAUUAAUAUAUACUUGAGUGUUUAAGUCUUAACUUGAGUGAACUUAAAGUAUGGACUUAAUUAAUUGCAUUAUGUGCUGAGGUAAUAAGGUAUGAUAAAG